CCGUUACCUGUCAGCAUUACCUUACUCAGCCAUGCCCAGGCUAACCAAUCCAUUGAGGAAGAAGCGCCAAGUUAUUCAGCUGGACGAUGAUGCUGGCUUCAAUGACGAUCAAUUCGCAAUUGAAGAAACUCCAAUCCCAUGGAAAGCCAUAUACCUGGCUACAGCGUUAUUGCUGCUAGGCAGUAUGUUUAUCAUCCUGGGAGUUCUCAUUAAAAUAGGAAUUAUCACUUCUGAGAUAUGGCUGGAUAGAGGCAUUCCAUUCCUAGUCUUAGGUUGUAUCAUGUUUAUUCCAGGCGCUUACCAUUGCUAUGUAGCCUAUUAUGCUUACUACCGCUAUCCUGGAUACGACUUCUCUAUGAUUCCAGAUAUGGAUUAACCAUUGUAACGAACUCUCCUGUAUGAGGCUGCAAGCUCUCAUUUGAAAUGUAUAUAAAUGACAUCUUUGCGUAUAA